AUGGAGAGAGCCCGGCCCGAGCCGCCGCCGCCGCCGCGCCCGACGCCCAGGGCGGCUCCGCCUCGCCCGCUGCGCCCCGCGCCGCCGCCGCUACCGCCACCGCCGUCCUUCCUCGACGGCAGCGCCUUUCGGGCCGCCGCAGCCGAGCUCCCGCGGUCGCCGCCCGGCCUGUGCGCGGCCGCUCGAGGUGGAGACGCGGCGGCACGGCGCCUGCUGCAGGUGAAGACGGAGCAGGUACUGCUACUGCCGCCGCCGCCGCCGCCGCCCAGGGACGAGGGCCCCCCCGCGCUGCCCUUUGCGCAUGCGCGGAUGAUGCCGCUCCGGCCCGACCUGCUGCUGCUGCCGCCGCCGCCGCCGCCGUCCCUGCCCCUGCCCGACGGCGCCCCCUGCAGGCCAGACCCGCACUUGCACCCGCACCCACUGCACAUCAAGGCCGAGCAGCCCGAGCCGGGCCCCCGCCUGGACCUGGAUCCGGUGGCAGCGCGGGGCCGCGGAGGAGACGACGACGACGACGACAAGGGCCGCUGGCAGCCGGCCGACGGAUCCUCCAGCGACGACCUGGCGGAAGGCGGCGACGGCCAGGCCCGGGCCGCCCCCUGCGAAGGCGCGGCCAUCAAGACCGAGCAGCCGGAGCCGGCCCCCGACGGGGAGCCCGCGCCCAAUGGGCCCCUGCACGGCGGCCAGGAGGUGCUGCUGGCCCCGCUGCCGUUGCCGCCGCCGCCGCCGCCCCCGCCGGACCUCCGCAUCCCGCUCACGCUCCACCCGGUGCCCCCUGGAGCUCGGAUCCAGUUCCAGGCCCCGCCGCCGCCGCCCCCCGACGUGAUCCGCCUGGCCAAGGUGCCCCUGGCCCCCGUGCCCAUCAAGAUGCAGUCCCUGCUUGAGCCCUCGGUGAAGAUCGAGACCAAGGACGUCCCCCUCACUGUGCUGCCCUCCGACGCAGGAAUACCAGAUACUCCCUUCAGUAAGGACAGAAAUGGUCACGUGAAGCGACCCAUGAAUGCGUUUAUGGUUUGGGCAAGAAUCCACCGGCCAGCAUUAGCCAAAGCUAACCCAGCUGCCAACAAUGCAGAAAUCAGUGUCCAGCUCGGCUUAGAGUGGAACAAACUUAGUGAAGAACAAAAGAAACCUUAUUAUGAUGAAGCGCAAAAGAUUAAAGAAAAGCACAGAGAGGAAUUUCCUGGAUGGGUUUACCAGCCUCGUCCAGGAAAGCGAAAACGCUUUCCUUUAAGUGUUUCCAAUGUGUUUCCUGGUACCACACAGAAUAUUGUCUCUACAAAUCCUACAACAAUCUACCCGUACCGCUCACCUACCUACUCUGUGGUGAUUCCCAGCCUACAGAACACCAUCACUCAGCCAGUUGGUGACGCAGCCCCUGCUAUCCAGCUGCCCACACCUACAGUCCAGCGCCCCAGUCCCAUCACACUGUUCCAGCCCAGCGUCACCAGUGCUGCCCAGGUGUCUGUCCAGCCUCCCAGUCUGCCCCUGCGACCGGCACCUUCACCCCAGCGCUAUGUGGGGCCCUCCCAGACGGACCCUCACCGGCUGCAUCCUGGAGCCAGCCACCCCCCUGUGAAGAGGCCCACCCCAGUGUCUCUGGAGAGCACCAGCCGGAUUCCAACCAGUGCCAGCACUGCCCAUGCCAGAUUUGCUGCCUCCACCCCCCAGCCUCCCAAGGAGUACUCCAGUAUCUCGGCUUGUCCCCGGGGCACGCCUGUGCCCAUGCCCCACUCCCACGUCUACCAGCCCUCUCCCCUGGGCCACCCUGCCUCGCUGUUUGGGACCCCACCGCGCUUCUCUUUUCAUCACCCUUACUUCCUUCCCGGACCACACUACUUCCCAUCAAGCACAUGCCCUUACAGUCGGCCUCCCUUUGGCUAUGGAAAUUUUCCAAGUUCAAUGCCAGAAUGCCUUGGUUAUUAUGAAGACAGGUACCAAAAACACGAAGCUAUGUUUUCAGCUUUAAACAGAGACUAUCCUUUUAGAGACUAUCCAGAGGAACGUGUGCACAAUGAAGAUUCUCGAAGUUGUGAGAGCAUGGAUGGAAGCUCUUACUAUAACGGUAACAGCCAUAGUGCGGAGGAGUACCUAAGCCCCAUGCCUCAAAUGGACAUUGGUGCCUUAGAGAAUGUCUUUACAGCUCCAACAUCUGCUUCUUCCACCAUCCAGCAAGUCAAUGUCACUGAUAGUGAUGAGGAAGAAGAAGAAAAAGUGCUCAGGAAUUUAUAA